AGCCGCCGGUUCCCAUUGCUCCUCCUCAGCUCAUGGCGGUCGGGGCCACAUAUCUCUGGAUCCAGCUCAAUGCGAACUCCAUCAACGGAGACGGGCCCAUCAUCAACCGCGAGGUGGAGUACCGCACCGUCUCCGGCACCAUGUACGACCUGCAGCCCGUCGAUAAAACCUCGCACAAGAUCGGCCAUCUGGACCCCGACACGGAGUACGAGAUCAGCGUGCUGCUGACGCGGCCCCUGGAGGGAGGAACCGGGGCCCCGGGGCCGCCGCUGAGAGCCCGCACCAAAUGCGCAGAGCCCAUGCAUGACCCGCAGCAGCUGAAGGUGGUGGACAUCAAGGCUCGUCAGGUGACGCUUCGCUGGGAGCCGCUGGGCUACAACGUGACACGCUGCCACAACUACAGCCUGACGGUGCAGUACCGCGCCAGAGGAGGAGGCAAGGAGGAGAGCAGGGAGGAGGCGGCACACGGCAGCCAGCACACCAUCCACAACCUCUCGCCCUUCACCAACCUCAGCGUCAGGAUGCUGCUGCGCAACCGUGAGGGAGUCAAAGAGAGCCCCGAGAUCCACGUCCAGACCGAUGAAGACGUGCCGGGGGAAGUUCCUCUGGAUUCGAUCCAGGCCAGUGUUUACGAGGACAAGAUCCUGCUGAAGUGGAGAGAACCGGCGCAGACCUUCGGAAUCAUCACUCAGUAUGAGAUCUCGUAUAAAGCCGUCAGCUCCUUCGACCCGGUGCUGGAUCUCUCUAACCAGAGCGGGAAGGUGGUUAAACUGGGGAAUGAAACCAGCCACGUGUUUCUGGGUCUCUACCCCGGCUCCACGUACUCCUUCACCAUCAGAGCCAGCACCGCCAAGGGCUUCGGACCGCCCGCCAUCACCCAGGCCACCACCAAGAUCUCAGCUCCGUCGAUGCCGGCGUACGAUCAGGAGACUCCUCUGAACCAGACGGAUAGCACGGUGACGGUGGUGCUUAAACCGGCUCAGAGCCGAGGCGCUCCUUUCGGAGACAACCGGACCUACGGCGGAUACUGGAACGCCCCGCUGCUGCCACACAAGAGCUACAGCAUCUACUAUCAGGCCGUCAGCGCCGCCAACGGGGAGACAAAAAUCGACUGUGUCCGUGUCGCUACCAAAGCUGCUAUCUUGGUGACGCAGCUCACCACUCCUUACGUUCGCAUCGCUCCGGCCGCUGGAGACAAUCGGCUAACAGGCGCGGCGACGCACAAACCCAACGCAGUGGAGCCGGAGAAACAGACCGACCACACGGUGAAGAUCGCCGGCGUCAUCGCAGGAAUACUGCUCUUCGUCAUCAUCUUCCUCGGCGUGGUGCUGCUCAUGAAGAAACGGAGAACCUAUCAGUCCUACACUUACUACCUGUGAGUAAAACACCUUUGUACACUGUUAGUGCCGUGCUAUGCUCGA